GCACUCAGUCGCCGUUGUGGCUGAGAGGCAGCGCAGUCAGUCAGUCUCUUUGGUUGAACCGUGAGUCAGCCCGAGGUAAAACAGGACUCUUUUGAACUAAAUGACCAACCGAAAACAAUUACUACUGGCGUCCCUGAACAAAUUCCUGCUCUGCACGACACCUUCAAUCCUCCAGGUGCUGAGGAAACUGCAAGCAGAAAGUACCAGAAGAACCAGCUGUGUCAAGACUCGUUGGUGAACAUCAAGAGGAUGUCCAGCCAGUUGGCCUUUUCUUUGUGAAUUGAUUAGAGGUGAGUUGUGACCAUGCGCUGCCUGGCUGCUCGGGUGAACUACAAAACCCUCAUCGUUAUCUGCGCCCUCUUCACACUCAUCACUGUGUUGCUGUGGAACCGAUGCUCCAGCGACACCUCCCUACACUUCCUGCCCCGUGCCGCCUUAGUGGCUCCAAGUCCGAAGGUCGGGGAUGCUAGCAUCAGCAGCCAGCAACACCCUCCACAACCUCCAGAGCCCCCACCUGUUGUUGGGGUUGUUGGUGGGAUCAAGUAUGAAGAAAUUGACUGUCUUAUCAAUGAUGAAUCGACUAUCAAAGGGCGGCGAGAGGGCGGCGAGAUCUACCUGCCCUUCAGUUGGAUGGAAAAAUACUUUGAGGUGUACGGCAAAGUAGUGCAGUAUGACGGCUAUGAUCGUUUCGAGUUCCAGCACAGCUAUUCAAAGGUUUACACACAGCGUGAGCCCUACCACCCCGAUGGAGUCUUCAUGUCAUUUGAGGGGUACAAUGUGGAGGUCCGUGACCGUGUCAAGUGUAUAAGUGGAGUGGAAGGCGUGCCUCUGUCCACUCAGUGGGGCCCUCAAGGCUACUUCUAUGCCAUCCAGAUUGCCCAAUACGGUCUGAGCCAUUACAGCAAAAACCUGACUGAGCGUCCUCCCCACGUGGAAGUCUACGAUACAGCCGAGGAGAGAGAGAGCCGGGCCAGCACAGCGUCCUGGAGUGUGCCAAAAGGUUGCGGUCUCAGCCGUGUUCACGACAAGAUCCGAGCUACCUUUGUGCGUCAGUUCAGUGCUCUAGACUCCUCAGAAGGCGUAUCCCUCCAACUGGGAAACUCUAAAGACUUCAUCCUCAGCUUGGACAUCAAGUUCAUCUCCAACGGCAGCGUGUCAGUGAUCCUUGAAACCACAGAGAAGGGCCCGCCUUUCACUAUUCGCUACGUGACAAGCACGCAGCUCAUCACCUUCAAAGAUCAUGAAAUCACCUACGGAAUUGGGCCACGAAUCAUCUGGAGCACUCUGACCCGAGAUCUGCUCACCGACCUCAGGAAGGGCGUCGGGCUGUCCAACACCAAGGCUGUGAAGGCCACAAAGAUCAUGCCAAGACGGGUGGUGCGGGUAGUUCUACAUGGGCGGGGCUUUGUUGACAACAUCACCAUCUCCACCACUGCCCACAUGGCCGCCUUCUUCGCUGCCAGCGACUGGCUGGUGCGAAACCAGGACGAACGAGGUGGGUGGCCCAUCAUGGUCACUCGUAAACUGGGUGAAGGCUUCCGGCCCCUUGAGCCCGGCUGGUACUCGGCCAUGGCUCAGGGCCAGGCCAUGUCCACCCUGGUGAGAGCCUACCUCCUCACCAAGGACCAGGUUUACCUCAACGCUGCCCUUAAGGCAGUUGGACCAUACAAGGUGCCUUCAGCGCAGCACGGGGUCAAAGCUGUGUUCAUGAACAAAUACGACUGGUACGAAGAAUACCCCACCACACCCAGUUCCUUUGUCCUCAACGGCUUCAUCUACUCCCUGUUGGGACUCUAUGACUUGACUGAAACAGCCGGAGAGAAACUUGGCAGGGAGGCAGGGCAGCUGUUCAGCCGCGGCAUGGAGUCACUGAAGGCCAUGCUGCCUCUCUUUGACACAGGUUCUGGGAGCAUCUAUGACCUGCGUCACUUCAUGUUGGGUACUGCCCCCAACCUGGCGCGCUGGGACUAUCACACCACGCACAUUAACCAGCUACAGCUGCUGGCAUCCAUAGACAGUUCUCCCAUCUUCAAAGAUGUAGUCAAGCGCUGGAAAAACUACUUAAAAGGGAUUCGUGCCAAGCACAACUAGGCAAACUGUAACCCACGUAUAGUAUACAGCUGAGAUGACUGAUGACUGUGUGAGAACUAAAUGGAUUAUUGAAUAUGUGGCGGGUGCUCAUAUGUAUGUCUCUGCGUGUCCCAGUUUUGGUUGAGGUUCAUAAUAUAAAAGAUAAGUUUAGUCAGCUGCAGCUCUCAACUCAAAAACUUUCUUGUGUGCUCUGUUGCAGGUCUUAUAUUUUCUGCAACACUGACUGUAGCUCUCCUCUCAUGUCCUC